AUGGGAGCCCCAGAGGAAGAAGCUCCCCGUCCGCCGUCCGACAUUACUGUGUUCGGGGCCAACUGUACCCUCCACGGCCUCAGCCACAUCUUCCUGCCUGGUGGAGUGACUAUCCGACGGCUGCUUUGGGCUGCCGCAUUCAGCUCUUCCCUUUCCAUCUUUCUCUACCAAGUGGCCGAUCGUGUGAUUGAGUAUUACCAGUACCCUCAUGUCACCAUCCUAGAUGAGAUGGACAGUCCCAGCAUGUACUUCCCAGCCAUCACCCUCUGCAACUACAACAGCUAUCGAAAGUCCCAGAUCCGUAGAAAUGACAUCUUCUGGAUGGCCGGGCUGUUGGGUGUGGAGCAAGGGGAUUUUGAUGACUUCAUGGCUGCUUUGGGGCAGCCCACUGACAACAGCAAGUUUUUCCCCAGCAAGACCUUCAACAUGCUGGAGUUUGUGCAGAGGGCUAGCCACAACAUAGACGAGAUGUUGCUUGACUGCAAAUAUAGAGGCAAGGACUGUGGUCCAGAGAACUUUACUACAAUUUACACACGCUACGGAAAAUGCUACACAUUCAACUCGGGAUUAGAUGGCAACCCAUUGUUGACAACGUUAAAAGGUGGCACAGGGAACGGCUUGGAGAUCAUGUUGGAUAUUCAGCAGGAUGAAUACCUGCCUGUUUGGGGAGAGACAGAUGAGACCUCCUACGAAGCAGGCAUCAAGGUUCAGAUCCACAGCCAGGACGAGCCACCCUUCAUUGACCAACUGGGAUUUGGUGUGGCCCCUGGUUUUCAAACUUUUGUGUCAUGUCAGCAGCAACUGCUUCAGUACCUCCCUCCGCCUUGGGGAGAUUGCAAGUCUACUCCCAUAGACUCUGAAUACUUCUCCACGUACAGCAUCACCGCCUGCCGCAUUGACUGUGAAACCCGGUACCUGCUGGAGAACUGCAACUGCAGAAUGGUUCACAUGCCUGGAACCUCAACGGUUUGCACACCUGAGCAGUACAAAGACUGUGCAGACCCAGCUUUAGACUUUUUGGUAGAGAAAGACAACGAUUACUGUGUGUGUCAGACCCCCUGCAACAUGACUCGCUAUGGCAAGGAGCUGUCCAUGGUUAAGAUCCCCAGUAAGGCAUCUGCUAAAUAUCUGGCUAAGAAAUUCAACAAAACUGAGCAAUAUAUUGGAGAAAAUAUAAUGGUCCUGGACAUCUUCUUUGAAGCUCUGAAUUAUGAGAAGAUUGAGCAGAAAAAGGCCUAUGAAAUUGCAGGGCUUCUGGGUGACAUUGGAGGUCAGAUGGGGCUGUUUAUCGGAGCCAGUGUUUUAACAAUACUGGAAAUAUUUGACUACCUAUAUGAGGUGUUUAAGGAUAAGGUUUUGGGUUACUUCAUACGCAAGAAACGGCCACAGCGUUGUCAGAGCGACAAUCUGAGCACCUGUGACACCCUCCGGAGUCACUCGGACAGUCUCGGAUUCACGCCGAACAUGUUACCUCGUCACCCGACUCUAGGCAACUUUGAGGAGUUUGCUUGUUGACACCAUAAAGUAGGGGUUCGGGGUAGGUUGGCACAUCUGGGGGACUUGACAGCAAACUGUGAAAUAAUGUAUGUAUUUAACAGAAAACGGUUGAGUGUAUAACUCAAAAACGUAUAGUAGAGUUUAUCAAUGCCUGAAUAGAAAUAGAAUACUAUCAUCAGAAGAAAAAGAGACCACUUCCAAACAGAACUCAGGUUUAACUGCCAUGUCAAGGCAACAGUGUUAAUUUAUUCAUGUUUCAUUUUGUGCAUUUUGUUUUUUCUUCUUAUGCGGUCACAUUGGAGUAUACAAUCAGUGAAGAUAAAUGUGUCCAAAAAAAAAAAAAGGUUUCUGACCUGUGUUGAGAUGAGUUACAAAGUACUGUUGUGCUAGUUUUGCUGUACAUCUAUCCAAAAACAAAAGAAUACAUGUGGAUUGGUAUGUGUAGCAUUGCAGUUUCUUAUCAGUGUUACGUCUCCGGCAUCUAACCAAUGCUGUAUUGAGUGACCUUAUACUUGUCACCAGUUUGAACAGGAGAGCUUUUUUAGAUAAUCUGCUCCACUUUAAUGAGCCGAUUGUUGGUUAAAGGAGCUGCUCGUACCUGAAUCAAAACACUAGACGAGUAUUUAAUGUUGCCUUUUGCUACUAUGAGGCUUUGAUUUGUCUCAUCAAUUUAGACGACUGUGCUUAUUUAAUUCAAAAACAGAAGAGAACUUGAUUAUUUGUACAUAUGCAAGUAUUUAGUUUUGUUCCAUGUGGAUCCCAGGACGGCAGAAACUACUGAAUUGGAUGUUUUUUGUUAACUUUAUUCACUUUUUACACACAGUAAGGGUCAUAAAAAGAGAGCCAAGAGGCUGAAAAAGGCUGUUGAUUGUAUCUUUUUAUCUUUAUAUAGCUGACAUUUCAAUUUUCAUUGUUUUCCCAUCGUUGGGGGAUAGUGUUGCUGUGUUGCUGAUUAUCACACACACAAAAAAAAUACUAGCAUGCAGCUUGCUGUAAAAGUUGGCCCUUAUUUACAUUGAAUUCAUCAGAAGAGAAACAAUCAGGCUUUCCUUUUUGCCUUUUAAAUAUUCCUCAGCUACGUUUUUUCAUUACUGUGUCUUAAAGGUGUCCAUCAGCACAAUCCCCUGUGAUAGUAAUCUAUUCUCUAUGGAACAUAAGUAGAGUUUAAAAGGCUUGAUGGUGACAUUCCUAAACUUGACAGAAAUGUGUAAAUACCCGCAAUCAAAUGCCAUGAAGAAAUUCUAUACCGCUCAUGUGAGACAUUGGUCAAAUAUACUGUAUAUAUCUAUCUAUAUAUAAAUAUAGAUAUAUAUAGAUAAAAAAUGUUUCCUCACCUGUUCUUAAACCAGAAGGAAUUUGGACUUUCUAUCGGGGUGGACCGUAAGUGUCUUUGAGUUUCUGGUGAUUAUAACAUGACCGACAACUAAAUAGACUUUAUUAGAUUCAAGAGAAUUGCCUCAAAACAUUGAAAACCACCAUGCACCUCAGCCCCAUUCAGUUCAGUUGGUUUCUAACAGAAAUGCAUUGUACAAUUUUACCAUUGUCCUUUUAUUAUUAUUAUUAUUCCAGAACAUGUAAUAAGUCACAAAUAACAAUUUGUGAUGUAUAAAUGAUCAAAUAUAAUAAACUCUAUAUUUACCCAUCAUACUCACGUACACAACUUCUUCGUGUGAGUCUACUUCCUCUAUUGUUAAUGUUCACUGUUAUUUAAAUCCUUGACACUACAACUACGGACUUGUAGGUACAUAUCCUCACUAUAAAUACUUUACUAAAAGUUCAGA